GAAAGCAGGGAGAGUCUCGGCAAAAAACUCGAAAAUCAACUUGUCUAGUUAGCAAACUUCAAUCUAGUUUCGAACAGUUGACUGCGAAGCGUCGAGUGAAUAGGUUGGUUCGUUUGAUUCGUUUGGUUAUAGUGCGCUGUAUCGGCCGUCCCAGUGUCAGUCAGUCGUGUAUUAAAAUUAAGUAUUAACAAGAAGACUUCAAGAACAUACAAAAAAAAAAUUAUAUACAUAUAUGUAUAUAUAACGGGAAUAUAACAACAACAAACAAAUCACGAAGAAAAUAUAUUGCAUAGACAAAUUUAAUGGUGUACAAACAUAGUGCUUGAGUGUGGUGAAAUAGUGUCGUGUCGUGUUGUGCGCAAGUGGCAACAAUAAAUAAAUGAAGCGGCUAAUCAGAGAGUAUCUCAAGGAGAAGCGUUUUCCAGAAGUUUUGGCGCAGCGUCGUUUGAUUCGUGCGACUAACUGAUUUGUGAUUUGAUUGAUUUCAAUUUUGUGUCGACUGUCGGCUGUCCGUUGGCAGUGCUCAACUAACUACAAGCGUGUUUAGAUGUCGGCAAAUUAGUAGCUGCUUAUACAUGAAUUGGUUGCAAAAUUGAAAUAAAUAAAAAAUAUUAUUAGAAAAAAAAAUUUUAUUUAAAAACAAAAUUAGAAAAAAAAUUUAACGAUAAAUAAACAUAAAUAAGUAAGCAAAACGAAGUUGGUACAAGAAGAUACAAUUAAAAUACUACAACAACCACAGUGUUAGAGAUUUUUUAAAACACUUUAAUCGAAAAAUUUUGCGUGUGUGAAAAUUCACAAAAAACACUACAAAACAAUUUAAAGUUUUACAAAACAACACACACUUUAUUGAGGCCGCCGCUACAAAUAAAUAAACGGCGCUAAUACGCUUUUGAGAAUCUCGUACGCUUAACAGAACAUGCUUUGCCCGCUCACCAUGCGUCCCGCUAGCCCUGCUGAAUCAGAAAUCUCCGUCGGUGGCGCACCCAGCCCACUGCCACACCACCACCACACACAACACCAACUACAACAACAGCAACACCAGCAAUCAACGCUGGCGCAUCCGUCGCAACAUCGCAGCACAAUCGAUUUACUACAACAUCAGCAAAUUUUAAUGCAACAACAUGCGGCCGCCGCUGCCGCAGCCGCUGCAGCUGGACUGACGCGUGCUGGUGCCACCGCCGCCGAAGAGUAUUUCCAACCACUGAAACGCUUACGCAUGUCCAGCGAAAUGGAGGAAACCGCGCUCAGCAAUCGUACACCGAGUCCGGUGCAAACGCACAGCGUUACAUUGCCAACAACACCCACUUCGACUGCAACAACUGCCAGCUCAACUGUCGCUAAUGUCAGCGCCGUAAAUGCCGGCAGCACUGCCGUGAAGUCGAACAUUGAGGGUGUGAAGAGUUUUUCCAUUGCCGAUAUUUUGGGACAUGAAAAGCGCGCCACAUCCACCUCACCAACACCGCCAUCUCAACAGCAACAACAUGCUGCUGGCACGCCUACACGUCCGUUGCUGAACGCCAGCAGUCUGCUGCAACCACGUGCCGAGCCGCUGGAUAUGGUGAGUGCAGCUGCGGCGGCGGCCGCCGGCAUGCCACAUCCAAUGCUACUACCGGGGGCACAAAUCGUGCGUCCCUGGGAUCAUUUGUUGGGUCCGAUGCCGGUGCGCCCGUUCAUACCCUCGGCGUUGUUGCAUUAUGAACAGCGUUUGGCGUUGGACUAUCAUCGACAGCUGCAGGAGCAUUUCAAUGCUCAGGCGCAACUGUUGCGUCACAUGGGCAUGGAUAUGAUACCGUCUGAAAGUGGUUCGGAGCGUUCGAGUUCGGCGGCAAGCGAUUGUUGUUCGCCGGAAAUCGCACGCUCAUCCGGUGAGCCAUUGGCGUCAGCGGGCGCACAAUCUAUGGUAAUGGGUGAACGUGAGCGGGAUCGCGAUCGUGAACGCAUAUCGCACACCUCAACUUCGUCGAAUGGUGGUGGAAAUAGUUUGGGUGGCGCUGGUAAUGGUGGUUCCAGUGGCGACAAUGCGGCGACCAAUGGUUCGGGCUCGAAAUCCAAACCGAACGGUACACCAUUGGAUGCACUCUUCCAAAUGACCACCAAGGACUUUGAUGAAUCGCAAGAUAAAUCACAUUUGGACAUAUUUUCGAACCGCCCACAACCGAAGAAGAAACGCAAAUCGCGCACUGCUUUCACGAAUCACCAAAUAUUCGAGUUGGAGAAACGUUUCCUAUAUCAAAAGUACCUGUCACCAGCCGAUCGUGAUGAAAUUGCCGCCGCGUUGGGUCUCUCAAACGCGCAAGUGAUCACUUGGUUCCAGAAUCGACGCGCAAAGCAAAAGCGUGAUAUUGAAGAGUUGAAAAAGGAUUUCGAUAGCGUCAAAGUAUUCUCAGCGCACAAGUCCUUUCUGGAGAAUGUCAACGAUCUCAGCAUAUUGAAGAAGAAACCCAUGCACGAGGCGGACGCAAUGGUGGGUCUGGCCGCAGCCGCUGCAGCCGGUAUGGUGCCGGUUUCCUCAGCCGCCGCGGCUGCUGCUGCCGCACAAGCUGCGCUAAAUUCACAAAAAUGAAGUAAUCGGCGCAUUGUUGCGCCAUAAAUACAUUUUUUAUACAAACAACUGCGAGAGAGGAGGAGAACAGCAAGUAAAAACAAAAAUGGAGAAUCGUCAAAUGUUAUGUGGAUGCUACUAAGUGGAGCGGCGAGUGGGGUAAUGCAUGCAACAGGAGAAAUAGUGAAAUUAUUGAAAUCGUUUCUGGUUACAAAUACAAGCUGCGGAGCCACUUAAUGGCCGCUGGCAGGCAAUGGACGCCGCAGUUAGGAGUUUACAACCACCAGCCCACCAAAGUAGCACCGUUUGGCUGCGUCCAAUUAGGAAGCCGUUGCAUAGCAUUCAAAACUUUAUCAGUCCUUGCUUUUUGUUCACCACAUCACCACAUGGCGGCAUUUAAAUCACACAAUCUAACGACUUCUACAUACAAAACGUUUAACAUUGCGCCUUAUAAGCACCGAAGUUCUCGAAAGCGGCUCGUUCAUGGCGCACGCGACCGAACGUCGCCUAUGAUCGUCGUCCAUAGCGCAAACAUAUGGUACAUAUGAACGAGCAUGUAUGAGCAUAUACAUAUAUACAUCGAGAGCCGUCAAGGGUUCAAUGCUGAACCGGGCUUGAAUGUUGGCAACAAGCUGAAGUGAAAUUAUUGAAAAAAGAAAAAUCUCAAACGCAAUUUUAAAUAGAUAAAGCUUUUAAGCAAAAACUUUUAUGGCAAAUUAAGUAUGGCGAAAAAAUGAAAUAUUGAAAAAAAGAAAGAUUUUAAUAAAAUUGAGAUUUUAAAAACACUAAAAAUUUGCAAC